AUGAAGUAUCAGUCAGAACCGAAAAAUAAUGCAUAUUAUCAUUUUUCAUACAGCAUUGGUUCAGGGGGUGGAUCUUUAACUCGAGAGGAACGCAGACGACGACGAAGAGCCACCCAGAAGUACAGAACUGCUCAUGCUACUCGGGAAAGAGUUCGAGUCGAAGCCUUCAACCUCGCAUUUGCCGAACUUCGGAAGCUUCUACCAACGCUACCACCAGACAAGAAGCUCUCAAAAAUCGAAAUCCUGCGACUAGCUAUAUGCUACAUUGCCUACCUAAAUCACGUGCUGGAAGCAUGA